AUGGAAAAACUGAAUGGGCGGCCGGAGACAGCAGCGCCUGUCUCCUCUCCUUCUCAAAAUGGAGAGAAAGGAGGGACUCCCUCAACUGGUGCCUCACAGCUUCCUUCUUCUUGCUCUCCUUCUUCUUCUUCUCCCUCUUCGUGUUCUCCUUCCUCUUGUUCUCCUUCUUCUCCCUCUUGUUCAUCUUCAUCUUGCUCGGAGCCUAUGGAGGAGAGAAUGCGCGCUUUUUUGGAAAGACACAGCGUGAGCGACUACGCUCUCGUUCGAGUCGGUCCGGACUACUACGACAUCAGUCUCCAGGAGAGAGCGAAUCUGCUGAAAAUCCCAUCGACGCUCCACCUCUGCAAAACUGUAGUCAUGGAGAAUACGCGACAUACUGGAGUUAACGAUAAGCUGAACAGCAAAUACUAUUUAAUUGUUGUCCAAUACCAAAGAAAGGUCAACGGCGAACGGGUGAAGGAUCUCGUCAAGAGCCUGAAUGCCGAACGCGGACUGAAGCUGGGGAACAAGAAGUUGAACUUUAACUUUUGCAAAACCAGCGAAGAGCUCACGGGAUUUGUCUACAACGCAGUGACACCGUUUGCGGCCAAGACAGACGUUCCCGUGAUCGUCGAUUCUGCGCUCCUGGCGCUCGACCCACCGCUCGUCUGGCUCGGAGGCGGAGAAGUCGAUUUGAAACUCAGAGUCUCCGUGGCGGAUCUUCUCCGCGUUUUCGAGCCGCUCGUCGGAUCGGUCUGUUUCGAGGCAGAAGCGCCCACGAUCGGAGAAGAAGCGGAGGAACAGGAGUAGCCGGAACCGUCAGACAAAGCGAGGAUGUCGCGACGUCUUCUGCCGGCUUCUGCACAAACCGAGAGAGAGACGCCGCAGCUCGUGAGGUCGCUCUUUCUCGCUCCUUUCCUCGCCCACUCGACGGCCGGUGUCCUCGUUUUUGGAAAGUCUGUUCGCGCAAGAGCAGAGUGAAAAAAGGAACGCGACCCUCUUCUCUUUUCCUUUUUGCCGCGCUGUGGAGGUGCCUU